GUGGAGUAUGGCGUGCCCAACCAAACUCAAUAAAGCAAUCUUCCAUGGUGGUAGAAUGCUUUAUUGAAUUUUCAUGAGGAGGCGAAGAAGGCUCAAAGGCGUUCUGUGUGUAGCUGACUGUUCUUUCGUCCAAUCGGGAUGAACAAAGGGUCGACAUUGUUUUCCCGUGAGUGGUCCACAUCGGAGCUGGCUGAUGGCAUGGCCCACCUGUUGACGGAUAUGCGUGCUGAGCUUCCCGAUGAUUUGGAACACCUUAAGGUGCUUGAACGGAGUCUUGCCGAUCUAGAAGCUGCCCAGAAGACCGCUGAAGCCCGAGAGGAUCUUGAUUUGAUGGAACUCAAGAAAAUGGAGAUAGAACUUGAGGUGAAGACCGCUGCUACGCCGCAGUAUCACCAUGCCCGUGAACAAGCUGCCGCGGAAUCCCAACAGACUCAGACCCAACCUGAGGUGUCACCUACCCUGCCAGACUCCGAUGGAGAAUCGCUCCGUAAGAUGAAGAGCGCUUCCAUGGAACCUACACCGGAAGAGGAACGCGACCCUGAUCUCUCUGCAGUCAUGCUUCUCUUCCAGUCGGGGAAGCUGGAUGCCGAAGCUGCUAUGAAGCUCCUGAGUGGAGCCAAGGGCGCCACUACCGCUGCCAAACCCCCAACUCUCCCGCAACCCAAGCGGCCCCGAGAGAAUGAGGCAGCUAGCGAUGGUGACAAGCGUGCAAGGGUUGGGUCCGGCACACCUGUAGAACCCAGUGCCCCAGAAUCCAAUGCUGAGACCCUUGCCGAUGAGCUUGCUGAGAGGCAGAAGAAGCGUAACAAGAACAAGGCUCGAUUGCGCAGGUUGUGUGAGAUGAAAAAGAACGGAAAGUGUGGUGUACCGGCCUGGGUCCACGCGAUGUGGAAGUCUGGAUCGCACGAUGAGCUAGCAGAAGCGCUAGAAUCUGCGGGGUUCGAUAAGGACAAGUUUAUCCAGCAGUGCAAAACAAUCCACACAAAGAAGAACUCGAAGAAAAACACUGUCGAGUCCGGAUGGUUCUCAAAGGAGGAUAUGGUGAAAAUUCUUCAUUGGAAUGCGAAGAAGGUGGAGGGAGCUAUCAAGAGCUGCCGGAAUAAUCCUGGGGCAUUGGUCAGGAGAAACAAAUACUCCGGAGAAGAAGAAUUCAACGUGGAGGUGCGAGAGAACGCCAGCCGUGAACAGGAAGAGACCAAUGAGGAGCAAAGGAUCAGGACUGCAGAGGACACAGGUGAUCUGUCUGCGCCCGAUAUGUCUGGCAUCGCCCGCUUGAAUGAUGCUGACAUGGCACGAGAAGCACCUGAACACCAAGCCACUUCUGAGGCGCUCCAAGCGAAGGAAGUCUUCCGGCGUUUCUCUGACAGCAUCCUGUCGAAGUGUGCCAAGAUCAGAUCUCUCAUGUCCGAUCUGAAGAAGAACUAUGCUGGUGACAACCUUGCCCAGAAGUCAGUGGGUGCAUUGGAGGCAGACCUACAACUAUUGGACGGUGAGUACAACAAGUGCUCGGAUAUGAUGGCGAGGGGUGAGCAAAACGACUUUGAUCAAGCGUGGCGGGCAGCUGGAGACAAGCUCAUGAAGGAGUCAACCUUUGUGUGCACCAAAGUCGCCCAGAAUGAAGCGAAGAUCCGGAACGCAAAACGCCACUUUACCAAAGUCGUGAAAGAGGAGACUGCUGCCUGAAUGCUGAUGCACAUGAUGUGUGAAAGCACAUGCCGUGGGAUUGUGUGAUAACACAUGCCCAUGUGUGUUUGCAGGUCUUUGGCCACUGCGUCUUGAACUUUUGAUGUUUUCUCCACUCAACACUCCAUGGGAUAGAAAGGCUUGUGUUAUAAAGCCCGCUCUGUCUUGUGGCCAAAUGUGACAAAUUGGGGUACUGGAUGCAAGCUGAAAGUCAACAUCCGCCAUACUUCC